UGACAAGACGGCUUUCUUGAUGUCUUCACCCUUGAUGAAAGAAAAUUAAAAUGAAAAAAAAUAAUAUUCUUGAGCAUAUUCUUCACUCCUUUUAGACUCACCGAUAUUACCAAGCAGAAAACCAAAGGAUGUAAGUUAUUUAUAUACAUAUAUAUAAGUGUAUUGUGUUCUUGUAUUGUUCUUCGUUCAGCAACCUGGGAACGUAAACAUGAGCGCGAGCAAUAAGGUCGUGUUGGUCACUGGCUGUGCCAAAGGUGGCAUUGGUUAUGAAUACUGCAAAGCAUUUGCCGCUCAAAAAUGUACUGUUUUUGCUUCUGAUAUCGCCACAAGGUUUUCCGACAUGUCUGAGCUAGAACAAGAUCAAAUCGAGACCCUUGUGCUCGACGUAUCAUCUGAUGAAAGCGUUGCAUCAGCUAUCAAAACUGUCAUGUCAAAAUGCGGCAGAAUUGAUAUCUUGAUCAACAAUGCUGGUGUAGGAAGCACUGGUCCUCUGGCAGAGCUCUCUAUCGACGCCAUUCGGAGGGCUUAUGAAAUCAACACGCUCGGGCAGCUUCGAAUGGUUCAACACGUAGUGCCUUACAUGGCAAAGCAACAAAGUGGUAGGAUUGUUAACAUAGGAAGUGUUGUGGGGAGAGUUCCAACUCCUUGGGCGGGUUCUUAUUGUUCUAGCAAGGCCGCGAUUCAUGCUAUGUCAAGCAGCUUGAGAGUUGAGUUGAAGCCAUUUAGUAUUGAUGUGAUUUUGGUUCUCCCUGGGUCUAUUAGGUCCAAUCUUGGGAAUAACAACACGGCUAAACUGGCCGAGUAUGAGUGGAAACUCUACUCGGAUUUCAAGGAGGAUAUCGCUGAGAGAGCCAGGGCUUCGCAAGGUGCUAAGGCCACGGAUGCUGCAGUGUUUGCGAGGCAUGUAGUGAAGAAAGUUCUGAGUUCUAAACCGCCGAAGGAGAUUGUUUUCGGGCACAUGACUGGUCUGUUUGCGGUGCUUUCAUGGUCUCCUCUUUGGGUCCGAGAUCUUUUCUUCGCCACUAGGUUCAAUCUCAAAAAGAAGGUAACUCUGAAAAGCAACUUAUAAGUGUUUAAUAUGACGGGUAUCAUCCAUUUCCGUUUGUCUGCGAAACAGACAUGCUUGAUAGCUACAAAUUAUGAGAUAUGAUCUGCAAAUUUACAUUUCAAGUCCUAUCCUUGUUUAGAAGAGAACUUAACGUUUUGCAACUUGAUCAUUAAUAUAUUCAAAUUUGGUUGUA